ACCUCCCCGUCCCUCACGGCCGCGCGCCGCCGCCGUCUGUCGUCCGCUCCCCCUCACCCCGUUUCUCAGUCGCGCGCAAGCCACCACAGACGUAACACGUAUUAAAAAUUAUCAAAACACAAUGAAUCCAAAUAAGUUACACUGUUACAAAUGGACACCAACACAACAAAAGCUAAUCCAACUAGUAAAAGAUUAUAAAGUAUGUGAAAUUGAGUGCGAAAUACUCAAUUACAACAAAAAAUUCUUAAAGAAAACAACUUGGGAUAGGAUAUCUCGAGAUUUAGAAUUCCCUGCGAUUAAAUGCCGCAGUUUGUGGUAUAAUAUACAAAUGAUUUACAAAAGAUUGAAGUUACUGGUCCUGGAAGGAAAAAUUACCGAGUCAGAAGUCCGCAAUAAUGACAAGGUGGCAAAUUAUUUCGACGGAUCCCUUGAUUUCCUUGAUCCCUAUAUUAAAAACGCGUCUCCAUAUGAAAUCAAAAAGAUUCAACAAAAUGAACGUGCUAAACUAACUAUCUCACACCUACUUGGAAUUGAUAUCGAUAUGGAAACAAAAUAUGAAGCUUCAGUAAACCGCGGUCAAGAAGUAUAUGAGGCAGCUACUUCUACAGAUGGCUUGCCCAAAGAAGAGUGUUCUAAAAGACCGGAUUUAGCAAAUUUCUUAGUGAAACACAGUUUUAGUAACGAAAAACAUACAUUAAAGACUUACAUGGAUGAUUUAGCACGUGCUGUAUGCACUACACUACAACCUGCAGACCGUAGAUUGUUGAUUAAAGAAAUCGAUACAAUUGUAAGUGAUUUGUUGCAAGGAUGAAUAUUUUUAAACGCUAAUAAUUAUGUUAUCGGCUUACUCACGUAAAGUUUUAACGAGGAACUCGACUAGUUUCAAGCCAUGCUAGAGGCUCAUAUUCUCAGUAGCAGCGCGACAAUCGCCGCGUCGUGUGUCGCGGAAUGCUGCUCAAUGCUCAUGUACUGUAACUUUGUAGCUCUGUAACAGGUUGAUGUUUGUUUUUUUAAACGUAGUUUUAUUGUUUCCGAUAUAUUGUAAAGCUAACGUUGAAUAGGUCUUACUAUUGAAUUGACUGAUUUUUAUCCAAAUAUUUUAACGUUUGUAUAAUAAAAAUAAUGAUAAUUUGAUGAUUAACAACACACACGUAACUGUUCGGCGAGGUAUCUCGACUAGUUUCAAGCUACAUUGUGGUCCUUUAGUUAAGAAAACCUACCAAUCAACUAAACUCUAAAUCUUAUAGCCACGCACCUAAACUCUUAAGGAUCUAGACACACGGCAGUGUGUCCGCCAAGUUCGAGCAAAAAAACCGACACACCGGCCGUGGGUUAUAUUACACGAACCAUUUCGGGCCAAGUUCGACCCACCUAUAACUCAAAAUCUAUUUUAUCUACGCAUAUGAAAUUUCUAGUAUCUGUCGAGAUCUACUUACUUAUCUAAAAUACAAAAUUUCAUUAAUGUACCUAUUGUAGGUCUAGAGAUAUUGACAUCAGAAAAUCGCUAUUUUUACUAUACACUCACUGACUGACUGACUCACUCACUCAUCAAAAACCUAGACCACUUCCAAUGGUCGUAUUGACUUGAAAUUUGGCAUGGAGGUAGGUCUUUAGGUCAAAGUAAAGGAAAAAAUCUGAAAAUGGCCAAGUGUGAGUCGGUUUUAAAAAUAAUGAAGGUGUAAAUUCAUACCCCUAAGGAAGUAAAACAAAAAAAUUAUCUAUAUCUUCCAAUGGUCGUACCGACCUAAAAUUCGUUACGAAGGUUUGUAUUUAGUCAAAGUAAAGUAAAAUAAGAAAAAAAGAAAAUAAACCUUACAAAAAUAAAUGAAAUCCCACCCAAAACAUAAAUGUGAAAGGCUGCCAAGUUCGAUAAUAUUGGAAUGCUUCGCCUAUAAAAGAAGUGAGAUCUAAAUAAGUACCAAGUUCCAUACAAAGACCUCAGUUAAAAAUGAUAUAACUUGGCAAGUUUUAAUAGAAAAUUAUAUACUUGACUCAUUGCCUUUAGUAGGUUUAUAACAAAGUGUAUGAAAACUUGCCAACUUGUUAUAUCAUUUUUAACUGAGGUCUGUGUAUGGAACUUGGUACUUAUUUAGAUCUCACUUCUUUUAUAGGCGAAGCAUUCCAAUAUUAUCGAACUUGGCAGCCUUUCACAUUUAUGUUUUGGGUGGGAUCUAUAUUAGUAGAGUUAUCUCUUCGAACAGUUUUUUUUUGAGAAAGAAUGAAAAUAUUUUAUUUCAUAUCCUAGGAAUGUUAGAAAUGCGAGUUUUUGUGUAUGUUUGUUUGUUUAAUAGUCCUUCACGUCAAAACGGAUGAAGGAAUCGAGGUGAAAUUUGGAGAUUAUGGUCUAGAAUAACACAUUAGCUACUUUUUAUCCCAACGGGAAUGCGGGCGAAGCCGUUGACAUAAGCUAAGUUUUAUAAUAAUAUUUAUACUACAACUGUUGUAUUAUUGAUUAUUGUGUGAAUUUGUGCUGCGUUUAAAAAUGUUGCAAUGUUGAACAAUUUUUAAUUUUUGUCUGUGAUUUUUGUAAGCGACUGUUUUAAUACUUUUAAUUAGUUAGCGUAGAACGCAGCGAUUUUGUAAUAUU